AUGUUCUCAGAAUACGCUUCGAGGUUCCUGGCUCAGUCGCAGUCCCGCCUUUCCAACUUCCAAGGCCAGCCUGACAACGCCGACACACCACCAAGCAGCCAGCCAGGCGAGUGGCAACAUCGGACAUCAAGGAAUGCGCAUGGAAAUAGGUCUUUCCUCGGCCGUGGCACAAACCCUUAUCAGCCCGCCGCCUCUCGUUUCGGUCACCUCAGCUUCGCGUCCAGACUCGCGACCCCUCAAGAUGCACCCCUUUUUCAUAGCACUAGGGACGAACUGCGCGAAGAGGAAGAUGAGGAUGAAAGGGAUAGAGAGGCUGCGGACCUCUACGCUCUGCAAAGGUCUCGUCGGGUCUUCCAGGCAAGCCGGCUGGAAGAAAGUACCGAGCCGGAGGACGAGGGAGGCCCGGCAUCACUCGAGCACAGCGAGGAGCAGCAAGACAGCAGGGCCUUUUUGGAACGUGGACAAACCAGGGGUAUAAAGAGCAGUUGGAACGGGCCCAGAAGCAGUUUUGCCCGCGCCGCUAAGGGGCGAGGUGGUCACGAGGGCAAUCUCGAGAGAGUGGUCUCCAAUAACAGCAGCAACUCGUCCGCUAAAGGAAGGAUGGAGGAUGUUGGUCUGGAAUCGACAAUAGCAGACAGCGAGCCACCAGCUGACCUGACCAUGGAGCAGUCCAGCGACGAUGCCCCUGCUUUCCAGAGGCUGAAGGGCUUCAACGCGACGGCUCGCGUGCCAAUACGGCGAGAUUCCACAAUGGAAUCGGAGCUAGGGAGCUCUCCAUACGAUGACCGACCGGACGUUGCACCGGCAGCGCCAGAGGGCGAACUCUUCAAGCAUGACGCUUUCUUCGCCUGGGUCUAUCUCCUCGCCCUCGCCUCGAUGCUGGCCACCUUCAUCCUAGUGUGGCUGCACACUUCCGCGCCUAGUGGGAAGAAACCCCUGGGUGAUACGAUAUACACCGUUCUGCGAUCUUCUUUCCACCUUUUGGCCGUGGACACCUUGGUGGCGAUGAUCGUCUCCUUCAUGUGGCUUGCCGCUCUGCGGUACUUCGUCAGGCCCUUGGUUGGCCUGAUUUUGGUUGCCGUUCCGAUCGUCAUGCUCUCCUUUUCGAUAUAUCCGUUUGUAUCGAGCUUCCAGGGCGAAAAGCACGGCUCGACUAUCCAGGAUGUUGUCAUGCGAUGGGCUUCAACUGUCCCCGGCGUCUUCGCGGUCGUAUGGGUCUACAUGGUGUGGAAGGGACGUCAUGCACUGGGCUCGGCCAUCGCGAUUCUCGAAUUCUCCAGCCGGAUUCUGGCCGCAAACAGCGCCCUGGUGCUUGUCGGGAUGGGCACCCUCGCCCUGAUUGUAUGUUGGACAUGGGUUUGGCUGGCUAUGUUCACCAGGGUUUUCCUCGGUGGCUCCUACUCGGGCGCUGUGUCCAAGUUCGUCCUGCAAGCAUCAAGCUGGUGGUUAGGUACAUAUUUCCUCUUGAUGUACCUAUGGACGCUGUCCAUGAUCUCGGGCGUCCAGCGAGGGACAACUGCGGCGACAGUCUCACAAUGGUACUUUCAUCGCAACGCAGUACCAGCCGUGGCGUCUCGCGAAAUCGUGGCGGCUGCCUUGAACCACUCCAUGACCACCAUAUUCGGGACCAUCUCGCUGUCCACGCUGUUGGCGUUGGUGGUCCGGAUGCCCCUGCUUGUUCUCCACCGGCGUAUCGCCAGCAUCAUCGCCGCUUUCUUCUAUACCUUGAUUCCCACGUCCAUCAUGGCCAUGACGAACCCACUCACGCUCACAUACGCAGCCAUCCACUCCCAGCCUCUCGUGGACUCGGCCCGCGGCCUGAGCCAGAUGGACUUCCUCGGCCCACAAGCGCCAACAACGACCCUGACGCCGCGCGCGUUCCGGCAACGAGGUACCGCUCCGCUACUCCCCUACCGCCUGGCGAAGCUCCUCCUGCAGGCGACCAAGUUCAUCAUGGCCACGGCUCUGGGCUUCGCGGGGUGGGUGAUGACUGCGAGGCAGCUAUCGAUCUCCGUUCCCGAUGGUAACCCCGGAUUCAAGGGCAGCGCAUAUGCCUACGUGGUCGGUCUUGUGGCCAGCUUCAUUGGCUGGGGUAUACUAGGUGCUAUGGAGGGCAUAUUAAGCUCCAUCGUAGACGCGGUGGUAAUAUGCUAUGGUAGCGAGACGAAGAUGGCGAGUGGCGGUGGUGGCUAUUGCAUGGAGGCUGCGCAGCUAUUUGGUGGGCGAGGUAGAAGGCAGAACUGGGACGAGGCCUCACAAUAUUGA